GCUUGUCUGCUCUGCGAGACAAGCGAUUUGCCAUAAAGUGCCCAUGCGGCCGAAAUAUCUCUUUGGGAAUUGCAUUAGGCUACUUACUGUACACUAGGGGCGGAUUUUGACCUCGCAACUCUCAAAACAUCACUAAUCAGCGGAUGACAUUCAGGCAUAGACCGCUGCUGGAUUUAUUUCCCGAAAUUAAUUCCGCUAUUGAACCGAAAACGUAAAAACAGCAAGAAAAUUGUCUGGCUAGAAUAAGACUAGAGCUUAAAAGUAUUCUGGUAUGACGGUUAAAAUGCGGGUUGGCAUUGAAUCACUGCACUAGCGUAGCAAUUUAUUGUAGCUAUGCAGGCCUUAAUACUGCAUUUGCCCACAGAUUCCAUCCACCAGUACUGCAUGACAUUAUCCACGAGCGUGUCUGUGUAGUCUAUUGCAGUCAUUUUUGUUUAUAGGAUUUUUACGGGACAAAACUUGUGGGACUCUAAUGUUGACAACUAAGCUGCUUUGGGAGAUCUAUUAUAUCGGCCAAAUAUUAUCGACGCGAUACGACUUGGUCCCAUUGUCAUUCAAUGUACAAUAGUGCUAUUCCAAAGCUUCCCUAUGGAUGAGCCUGGGAAUGACUUCAAUGGAUCUCUUUGGAAGUGCGAGGCAGGGAUGUAAUGGAUUGGUCCCAUGGCCUGCCAGCUCCCUCUUCCCAGUAUGUCCAGCUGUGGCAAAUCUCCCCCACUCUCCGGAGAAGGGGCAGGCUCUAACUCUCUGGCAUGGGUCAAACUCUUCAAAAAGCCUGGAGGUGUUGGUGGUGGUGGGGGUCUGGGGAAGUCCUAUCAGCCUGGGAGCAUGUUGUCUCUGGCUCUCACCAAAGGCCUGCUGAACGAACCAGGCCAGAAUAGCUGCUUCCUCAACAGUGCCGUACAGGUGCUAUGGCAGUUGGACAUUUUCAGGAGGAGUUUGAGACAGCUUCCUGGUCAUUUUUGUCUAGGGGAUGCCUGCAUUUUCUGCGCUUUAAAGAGUAUUUUCAGCCAGUUCCAGGAGAGCCGAGAGCGAGCGUUGCCUUCAGAUAGCCUGCGCCACGCCCUUGCCGAAACCUUUAAGGACGAGCAACGCUUCCAACUAGGCCACAUGGACGACGCUGCAGAGUGCUUUGAGAACAUUCUGGAGAGAAUUCACCUGCACAUAGUUUCUGACACAGCGACUGAGGCCUGCACAUCCAAGUCCUGCAUUACCCACCAGAAGUUUGCCAUGACACUUUAUGAACAGUUUGUAUGUCGUAGUUGUGGCGCCUCCUCGGACCCCCUUCCUUUCACAGAGCUUGUGCAUUAUGUCUCCACCACAGCCCUAUGCCAACAGGUGGGCCACGUGCUGGGGAAGAACGACAGGCUUCGGUCGGACAUGUUUGGGGAAUUGCUGCAGGCGGCAAACACCAUCGGUGACCUACGGAACUGUCCGAGCAACUGUGGCCAGAGCAUCAAGAUCCGUCGGGUUCUCCUGAACUGCCCAGAGAUCGUCACCAUUGGCUUUGUGUGGGACGCAGAGCAGUCUGACCUUACAGAGGAUGUGGUGAGGUCACUGGGUCCACAUCUCAACCUCUCGGGGCUGUUCAACCGGGUCACUGAUGAGAAUGCCAAAAGGAGUGAGUUACGUCUCGUGGGAAUGAUUUGUUUCUCCAGCAAACAUUACUCUGCGUUCGCUUAUCACACCAAGUCCUCAAAAUGGGUCUUCUUUGAUGACGCCACCGUGAAAGAGAUCGGAUCCAAGUGGAAAGACGUGGCCUCUAAAUGCAUCCGGGGACAUUUCCAGCCACUGCUCCUGUUCUACACUAACCUGGAGGGGACCCCAGUCUCCAGCGAGGACGCGCCCAGACAAACAACCAUGUGUCCCCGCUUUAAAGCCAACGUCAACGGGGAAGUGCCAGCAGGGAUGAAGAAGCUGGAUGCCGUCCGGGAGAAAGCAGGCCCACUCCGCUCCAACCAGGGGCCCUAUAAGCAGAUGCUAGCUCCACCCUCCACCUCAGGCUACAAAAGAGUGAAAGGCCCACCUGCUAGUCCCAACACAUUCCGGGAUCCUUCCAAGGAGACUUCCCAGAGGGUUGUAGAAGGGAUAAAGAAAGAGGCCGAAAGAGGGCAUCGAAAACUAGAUCCACACAAAGAUAUGGCCUAUGCCAGAUCCCCUUCUGAGGGCGGGCUGAGGCAGCACGCCGACCAGAGGUUGCGAGGCGGGAGUGGCACCCGGGCUGACAAGUUGUCAUCCUCCCACCAGAACAGAGCUUCCCAGGACCCACGCUCUCAAUCCAGUGCCCCUGGCGGACACAGUUGGAGACAGGAAACCUCCCCUGGUCGCCAAGAACAGGAUGGCAGCCAGGAUGCGUGGGAGAAGGGUGGCGGGUCGGGAGCGGGCCGCAACAAAGCCAAGCCCUCCUGGAGGCCCAUCCGGGAAGUUCUGAACGUGGACAGCGUCUUGAAUGACCUUGAACGACGGCAACAACAGCAGCAGCACGGCGGCGGUGGUAGCCCCCGGCUCUCUAAACCCUCCUGUCAGGAGAGGCCGCACGGCAGUGAACGGGACAACCGGGACUGGGAAAAAGAGCGGGAAAGGGAUAAAGAGCGGGAACGGGAGCGUCUCAGGAUAAGGGAAGAGCGCAAGCAGCAGAAGUGCUUGAUGACGAUUUACGAGGACGAGCAGCGGCAGGAGACAGAGAGCCACAGCUCCCUCGAAUCGGAGGGCAGGGCAAGUGGGCACGGAGACCGGGGCGGUGGAGGGGGGUGGGAGCAAUGGCGGGGGGGAGGGCCAAGGGCGGGCCCAAAGCCCUGUUGCGCAGCGACACCUGGACCAUCCAGAGGACUGAGUCGGGAUACGAGAGCAGCGACCGGCUGAGCAGUGGCUCCACCAACCCUGACUCGCCCGGGGUAGACAGCUUUGCCGGGAAGGAGCAGCGGUUGACACCAGAGGUGCAGUCUCAGAGCAGGGGUCAACUUCACCCAAACAGAUGUGAUUCAAAACCUGAUGCGGUACACUCCCCUUUGCAUCAAGGCAAACAUCAACUGACAACUCAGGGAAAGAACUGCGACCAUCAAGUUUCACAUCUCCUGAAAAGUAGUCCAAGUUCAAG